CCCAUGCCGAGGUGAGUCCUCGGGAGUCGCCGCCGCCGCCGUCUGGUCACCGCUGCCGCCCCGCGCGGCCCCUCCGCCGGCCAGGAUGCUGGAGGAAGCGGGCGAGGUGCUGGAGAACAUGCUGAAGGCGUCGUGCCUGCCGCUCGGCUUCAUCGUCUUCCUGCCCGCCGUGCUGCUGCUCGUGGCGCCGCCGCUGCCCGCUGCCGACGCGGCGCACGAGUUCACCGUUUACCGCAUGCAGCAGUACGACCUGCAGGGGCAGCCGUACGGCACGCGGAACGCCGUGCUCAACACGGAGGCCCGCACGGUGGACGCGGACGUGCUGAGCCGCCGCUGCGUGCUCAUGCGGCUGCUCGACUUCUCCUACGAGCGCUACCAGAGGGCGCUGCGCCAGUCGGCCGGCGCCGUGGUCAUCAUCCUGCCGCGGGCCAUGGCCGCCGUGCCCCAGGACGUCAUCCGGCAAUUCAUGGAGAUCGAGCCCGAGAUGCUCGCCAUGGAGACCAUCGUGCCCGUGUACUUUGCCGUGGAAGACGAGGCCCUGCUCUCCAUCUACGAGCAGACGCAGGCCGCCUCCGCCUCCCAGGGCUCUGCCUCUGCUGCUGAAGUGCUGCUCCACACUGCCACCGCCAACGGCUUCCAGAUGGUCACCAGCGGGGUCCAGAGCAAGGCCGUGAGCGAUUGGCUCAUCACCAGCGUGGAGGGGCGGCUGACGGGGCUGGGCGGAGAGGAUCUCCCCACCAUCGUCAUCGUGGCCCACUACGACGCCUUCGGAGUGGCCCCCUGGCUGUCGCACGGCGCAGACUCCAACGGGAGCGGCGUCUCCGUGCUGCUGGAGCUCGCCCGGCUCUUCUCCCGGCUCUACACCUACAAGCGCACCCACGCCGCGUACAACCUGCUGUUCUUUGCGUCCGGAGGGGGCAAGUUCAACUACCAGGGAACCAAGCGCUGGCUGGAGGACAACCUGGACCACACAGAUUCUAGCCUGCUGCAGGACAACGUGGCCUUCGUCCUCUGCCUGGACACCGUGGGCCGGGGGGACGGCCUGCACCUGCACGUGUCCAAGCCGCCGCGGGAGGGGACGCUGCAACACGCCUUCCUGCGCGAGCUCGAGAUGGUGGCGGCCCACCAGUUCCCGGAGGUGCGCUUCUCCAUGGUGCACAAGAAGAUCAACCUGGCGGACGACAUCCUGGCCUGGGAGCACGAGCGCUUCGCCAUCCGCCGGCUGCCCGCAUUCACGCUCUCGCACCUGGAGAGCCACCGCGACGGCCAGCGCAGCAGCAUCAUGGACGUGCGGUCCCGGGUCGACUCUAAAACCCUAACGCGGAACACGAGGCUGAUCGCGGAGGCCCUGACCCGGGUCAUCUACAACCUGACCGACAAGGGGACGCCCCCGGACAUGCCCGUCUUCACGGAGCAGAUGCAGAUCCAGCAGGAGCAGCUGGACUCCGUGAUGGACUGGCUCACGCACCAGCCGCGGGCCGCGCAGCUGGUGGGCAAGGACGGCCCGUUCCUGAGCACGCUCGAGCACUACCUGGGCCGCUACCUGAAGGAGGUGAAGCCACACCACGUCAAGGCCGACAAGCGGGACCCCGAGUUCGUCUUCUACGACCAGCUGAAGCAGGUUAUGAACGCCUACAGGGUCAAGCCAGCCGUCUUCGACCUGCUCCUGGCCGUCUGCAUCGGCGCCUACCUCGGGACGGCCUACACGGCGGUCCAGCACUUCGACCUCCUGUACAAGAUGGUGCAGAGGCUGCUCCUGAAAGCCAAGACACAGUGACCCGGUCCCGCCCGCCCGCGCCCACCGCCUGCGCGCCUGGCACCCCGAAUUACAGAGCUUUCCGUGUUGCUCUGGAGGACCCGGGGCCUUCUUUCU